AUGGCCUCGUCGGCCCAGUGCAGCAGCGCACAGUGGACGCGGAAUGCGCAGGGGCAGGACCCGUGCGCGGUGGCCCUCGACGUGCUGUCCACGUGUAAUACCGAUGCAAGUGUUCCGUCGCUCGCAGCGGCCGACCUCACCUCGUACGCCUCGCCUGCCGACGUUGGCGGCGCCACGGCGUGCGCCUGUUCCGUGCCUCUCUACAACCUGCUGUCGGCCUGCAGCUACUGCCAGCGAAUCGUUCGUCCCUCUAAUAUCACCUGGCCGACACUCGAGUCGUUCUCCUCGAGCUGCCAAGUGGCGUCCAACGACUUGCCCGCCAAUGUCACGGCUAGCCUGCCCCAGUGGGCCUCUCUUUCUUCCGACGUGUACGGGCGGCGCUGGUCGCCUCCUCUCGCGUCUGCCGUCGCAGCCGGAAAGCUCGUCGUGCCCGCGCCAUCGUCGACGACUCGCCCGCGGCCACCCGCGCUGCCGAGCAUCUUUGGCACGCCCGUCUCGAGCUUCGCCAUGCCGCCGCCGUCGCCGACGUUUGGCCCGGGCGUCGUUGCUGGCGCCGCCGUCGGCGGCAUGGUUGCCGGCCUCGUGCUCUGCACCGGCAUCUUUGCUCUCGUCCGCUGCCUGGUCCGCAAGCGCGAGCGGCGGAACGACGAGGCGUCCGAGCAGCGCCGCAGCCGCCGCCGCAGCACCAAGGCAGCGCCCAAGCCGCUCGUCAUGCCCGUGCUGCAGCAGCUGCGCGACGACCCGGCGGCGCUCAGUGCUCUCGGCUCGCAACCGAGCUUCGCGCCGCGCGAGCACGGCUUCGGCAGCGCCUCGACGGUGGCAUCGUCGCCGCGUCUGCCUGCGGAGCUGCCGCGCACGCUGCAGUAUCACCGCCCGAUGCGCUCUUCAUCGUCUCUGCACUACAUGACCUCGCCGCGCGAGCCCUUUGGCAGCACCGAGACGACACUCGGCUCGGCCAGCAAUGAGCGCCUCGGUUCGACGCACAAGUCGCCGAGCUGGGACGCGAGCCGCCCGCCGCUACCGAUGCGCACCCACGGCUCGUCCAGCACAAUGCAUAGCAUCGAGGCCGAGCUCCGGCCGCCGCAGAGCUCGCCGCACAAGGCGCCCAGCGGUGGCGCGCUCGGUCUGCACAGCUCGAGCUCGAUGGAGGUGCUCGCAUCCGUCGCCUCGUCGGUCGACCGCGGCGAGGCGCGCGGCUUGCCAUCGCCCAGCGCCGACUUGUUCUGGACGCCCAAGUCGUCGCCGCUCGUCGCCUCGCGCCCGGCGCCGCAUCCGCCGCAGGCCACUCCUGCGAGCUUCCCCAUGCACAGCCUCGCGCCGCACAGCUACGACGCGUCGCCGUACCUCCCGCAGCGCCCUCCGCGCAGCGCACCGCCGCCCGACAUGCCUGCGCCCACCAAGCCCCGCAUGCGCAGAGCCGGCUCUGCCACCGCCGCCUUGCCUUCUGAUCGGCCAGCGACGCGGCGGCCCUCUAUGGGCCGGCGUCUCUCCGACACGCUGUCUCGCUCCAUGCGCCGCUCGCAGGUGCUCGACCAGCCCGACGCCCCGCUCUCGCCGCUGCGCCCCUCGGCCGACGCGCCGUACUCGCCGAACGGUGGCGAGCGGCGUGUGCUCGGCGCGCGCUCUGCGCUCGAGGCGUGGCGCCGCCGCCAGGCCAGCGACUCUGCGCCCGAUGUGCUUGACUUUUCCUGCGACGACGGCCUCUCGUAUCGCACGCGCGGCGGCUCCGCUAGCUCCUGGCGGCGCCGGAGCAGCGCCACGCAGCGCGUGCCGGCCAGCAGCAUCUGGCCGCAAGCAGAGCCAGAGCAAGCGGCUUCCGCGCCCGUGCACUACUCUGCCCGGCGCACGCUCCUGGCCGACGUCGGCAAGUACGAGGACUUUCUCAUGCUCGACCCGGCCGAGCAGCAGCGCCGGCUGGGCAGCCCGAGCACGAGCUUUGCCACGCUGCCGCCCGACGAGCCGGACGCGCGGCCGAGCCCGCAGCUGCAGGCCAUCUGCGAGGCGCUCGUAGCAGCGCCAGGAACGCCAGUCGCGACAUCUGCGGCAGAGUCUGCGGCGGAGCCAGCAACGUCACCUGCCGCAGCGGCGAGACAUGCGCCAUCGCCUGCAGGGACGCGAUCGGCAGCAAGACCAGCGACGUCGCCCGCCGCGCGCAAGCCGCUGCCAGCCUUCUUUUGA